ACACCCCUUCUUUCUCAAGGUUUGAUAUCUUUUUUGCAUUCUCUCUUUCUUUGGCCCCAAACAUUAACACCACAUCAUUCUUUCUUCUUCUCCAUCUCCAUCAGUUGCUGGUGAGUGGAGUUAGAAGUUGACAUCUCUCUCUCUCUCUCUAAGCCGUUUUAGCGCCACCAUUUCAUGAGAUAAGCUUUUCCUGAAAUCUAGCUCCAAACUUAACAACAGAUAAAGGAGAGAGAAACUAUUGAAAAGAUGAUUUAUUAGGGCUAUAGUUUCAUUUCAUCAACUCUUAAAACUCUCAUUUUCCUUCCUUCACUUUCAUCUCUUCUCCUUUUCAGUAGUCCUCUUGGGAUCUGAUCUCUCUCUCUCUCUCUCUCUCUCUCUCUCCCUCUGGUUGGAGAGAACAAAAGUAGUUUGAGCAAGGAGAGAUUGUAGUUCAAUUCCCGAGGAUAUUAACAAUUCAACUUUCCACUUUUCAUUUCUUGUCUGUUUUGUCCCCUUGUGUGUCUUUCUGUCUUUCUUUAGUGCUGCUUUUUUGUCUGUUUCUGUUGGAUUUGACCAAGCUACUUCUUCAAAACGAUCGUGGAUCAAAUACAACCUUAAACAAUUGUUUUUUUUACCAUGCUUAUAUAUCUGAGGAUUUAGUGCUACAAACAAGGUUUUCAUCAGAUCCAUACUUGAAUUCUACUUGGAGAUCUUGCAUCCGGUUCAGAAUUAUUAAUACUAAGGCAUGAAAAGCUAAAUGUUUGGUGCUAUACCUGCAGACCAUCAUUCACUUGAUCAUAACCAUCCCUCCCCAUAAUUACAUUGUAAAAAGUGUGCCCCCUCUACUGUGUUUUGAAACCUAGUUUAGUUCUACUCCUUUAAGGAAAUAUGAAUUAAUGUUUCAUAAGGUUUUAAUUCUUCUGAGGUGGAAUAUGAAUACAUUUUCACAUGUACCUCCAGGCUUUCGUUUUCAUCCAACCGACGAAGAACUUGUUGAUUACUACCUCAGGAAGAAGGUAUCGUCUAAAAAGAUUGAUCUCGAUGUCAUCAAAGACGUUGAUCUCUAUAAAAUUGAACCAUGGGAUCUUCAAGAAUUAUGCAAAAUAGGAAGUGAUGAACAAAAUGACUGGUAUUUCUUUAGUCAUAAAGAUAAGAAGUAUCCAACAGGAACUCGAACGAAUAGAGCAACAAAAGCAGGAUUCUGGAAAGCCACAGGAAGAGAUAAGGCAAUAUACUCAAAACAAUUUCUGGUUGGGAUGAGAAAGACUCUAGUGUUUUACAAAGGACGUGCCCCAAAUGGACAGAAAUCUGAUUGGAUCAUGCAUGAGUACCGUCUUGAAACUAAUCAAAAUGGAAUUUCUCAGGAAGAAGGAUGGGUUGUAUGCAGAGUAUUCAAGAAGAGAAUGACAACAGUGCAAAAAAUGAAUGAGUAUGAUCAAUCACCAUGUAACUGGUAUGAUGAUCAAGUUUCCUUCAUGCCAGAUCUUGAAUCUCCAACCCGAACCAAUUCUCACCCUCCUAACUAUACUUCAUAUCACUCAUGCAAACCAGAACUAGAAUUAAUUCAAUAUAACACACCCCACCAAUACCAUGAUGCUAAUUUUCUCCAACUUCCACACCUUGAAAGUCCAAAAAUUACUCAAUCUAUUAUCCCUUAUAAUCAUCAUGCUCAUGCAAACAAUAACAAUAUUGCACUUACUCAACAGAUGCAAUAUUUGCAGUACCAUCAACAAAAUCUUCACUCACUUUAUGGUGGUAACAGCAGUACUGGCAAUGAUGAACAAGUUACUGAUUGGAGAGUGCUUGACAAGUUUGUUGCUUCUCAGCUAAGUCAUGAAGAUAAUGAUAAUAAUAAUAAUAAUCAAGAUCAUGUUUCUAAUAAAGAAACUAGUUCUUUCUCCAAUGCAGCUAUUCUUCAUGUGGCUGAACAAAUUACUCUUCUUGAUAAUGGAUCCAAAAAGAAUGAAGUUUCUGAGGAACAUGCUUCAACUUCUACCUCCAGUUGCCACAUGGAACUUUGGAAGUGAACAUAUAGUAAUUACUUGAUGAUAUAUGAUGCAUAUUAAUAUAUAGUAUUUGGAAACUUGAUGAGUAUUGCUCCAAGUUGGUGUACAUAAUAAGCACACAUAUUUUUAUAUCCUUAAUGAUGUAAGCUGUUCAUAUAUAUGAACCUCUGGAGUUUGGAUAUAUAUAGACCAAAUGUAUUUUUAUUUUAAUACUAUAGGCAAUCGAUGAUCAAUUGCCAUAAAUGUGCCUACAUAUAUAUAACAAUAAAUUUGUACUUGAAUGUCAACACUUGAUGUGUUUAUCACAGUUGAAUUUGCUUUUAAAAUUUUAGUUGUACAUGGUAACACUGGUUGUGUUUACUCUACUCAAUUGGUUUUAUGAUGGAAAAAGCUUUAUGGUGCGACAAAACUAAUGACGAGAAACAACGAAUUAAUAAGUGCUGUAGGAUCCUUCAUGAGAUUGCAAAUUAUUUUAACUUUCAUGUAUUUUGAAAUUAUAACACCACUACCCCAUGAUUCGUGUGCCUGUCGUGCUAUUGUUUCUCGCACUACCUAGCAAUGCUCUUUUAUGAUAUGUGUUAUUG